AUGCACAGCAAUGGUGGUAGCUUGAUUCCCCUGCUCCAUGCUGGGAUUGGAAAGAGCCGAGACACAUCUCGCAGCAGAAAGCUCACCUCUGCAGUCGCUAUCCGCAUCUUCAAGGAAAGGUCUUCAGAUGCUAACAGUAAGUUUGUAGAGAGCGAGGUGGUCGCGAGAUGCUAUGGCGUGAGUUCCAAGACCGUGCGAGACAUCUGGGACAAAAAGUCGUGGGCGAGGUACACGAGUGGUUUGGAGAUGAGGGUCGAGGCCAGAGAGGCAGAAAUGUCUAAGAAUGGGGAGAAAGCGCUGAGGUCGCUUGAGGGGAAUAUGAAGAAAGAUGCUUUAGAGAUCGAGAGAAAGCAAAAGAAUAUGAAAAAUUCGUCCAGUAUAGAGACGUUCCAUGCUCCCUCGGAUGGAUACGACUGCAAUGGCGCGAUGUUGGGAGAGAGCAGCCAAGAUUCUGCAACAUGGAUCUCGAUGAGACGUGUGUAUGGGGAACUCAUGGGAGAGGAGGAGGAGGACAAGGACAAGGACGAGCACAACGAGGGAGAUUAUGUCAGAGAGGCGGUGGAGUGCUGGGACGAGCUUGCUGAGGCACCGGACGAUGUGAGCGAUUGGUGUGUUGACCCCAGGGAGGCAAGAGUUGACAAAGUUUGCUGA